AUGGUUUACACUAAGCCACCAUUACACUAUAAGUCACUAUACCUUUUCAUGCUAAGAAUCAUUCACUAUACUAAGUCACCAUUUCACCAUACCAAGAAACCCUCUCACUGUGCCAAGUCACCAUCUCAUUAUACUAUAGAAUCAUGUCACUAUUCUAGGUCACCAUCUCAUUAUGCUAAGGAAUCAUAUCACUAUUCUAGGUCACCAUCUCAUUAUACUAAGGAAUCGUAUCACUAUUCUAAGUCACCAUCUCAUUAUACUAAGGAACCAUAUCACUAUUCUAGGUCACCAUCUCAUUAUACUGAGGAAUCAUAUCACUAUUUUAGGUCACCAUCUUACUAUACUAAGGAACCAUAUCACUAUUCUAGGUCACCAUCUCAUUAUACUGAGGAAUCAUAUCACUAUUUUAGGUCACCAUCUUACUAUACUAAGGAACCAUAUCACUAUUCUAAGUCACCACCUCAUUAUACUGAAGUCACCACUUCACCAUUUCACCAUACCAAGAUACCAUCUCACUGCACCAAUCAUCAUAUAUUCACUAUAAGUACUGAUCACUCUCUCGUUUUCCUCACCAUCACCUUCCAGUCUCAUAUCACCAUACCUUCACUAACCCCUCAGAACACCAUAGCUUCACCAUCCCGCCACCUCACCAUACCCUUAUUCCAUAUCAGUCCCCGCUAUUGUUACACCAUACCCUCACCAUGCCACUCAGAUCACUAUACCCUCACCAUCCUCCUUAGCUCACCAUACACUGACCAUCCUCCACCACCUCACCAUUUCCUCACCAUACUCCUCAGAGCACCAUGCCCUUAA